GAGGGGAGCAGGCGGCAGCCAGUCCUCCUGGAGCCCUGCCGUGACUGGGACCGAGAGGGAGUCCGGACACAGCCCAGGACCAGGGCCUGAUGGGAGAAGAGAGCCCAAACUGAGAGGGGAAAGGCAGGGAGGAAGAGGAAGAGAGGCAGGAUCAGAGAGCCUGACACACAGAGGAGUCAGGUGAGGAAGAAGAGAUCUAAGAAAGAGAUCCAAGAGAAGCAAAAGGCAGAGAGAGAGAGAGAGAGAGAGAGAGAGAGAGAGAGAGAGAGAGCAGCUAAGGCAGAGAGAAGCUAAGACUCAGAGAUCUCAAGAAAGAGACUGACUAAGCAGAGCAGAUACUGAUGGCUGUGGAGACAAAAAGGGAGGUGCUGGGACUGAAACCAAAAGGUGACCUUAUCAGGGAAGCAGAGGAGAGGCCACUCCAGGGGCGCCCAGAUCCAGCUCUUCUGGCCCUGACUCCAGCAGGGCUCAUGAAGGGAGACAAGUGUGAAGAGCAGGGGCCGGACCCCAAACCCGCGGCCCCGCAUCAGCCCACAGAGGAGGAGGAGGCCCUGAUUGAGUUCCACCGCUCCUACCGAGACCUCUUCCAAUUCUUCUGCAACAAUACCACCAUCCAUGGCGCCAUCCGCCUGGUGUGCUCCCAGCACAAUCGCAUGAAGACGGCCUUCUGGGCCGUGCUCUGGCUCUGCACCUUCGGCAUGAUGUACUGGCAGUUUGGCCUGCUGUUUGAAGAGUACUUCAGCUACCCCGUCAGCCUUAACAUCAACCUAAACUCCGAGAAGCUUGUUUUCCCCGCCGUUACCAUCUGCACCCUCAAUCCCUACAGGUACACCCAAAUUAAAGGGGAGCUGGAGGAGCUGGACCGCAUCACGGAGCAGACGCUCUUCGACCUGUACAAAUACAACUCCUCCAGCACCCUCGUGGCCCAUCCUCGCGGCCGUCGCGAUCUCCAGGAGACCCUGUUGCAUCCCCUGCAGCGCCUGCGGGACCCGGCGCUGCCUCUGGCAGCCCGCAAGGCCCGCAGCGCGGCCUCCAGCUUGCAGGACAACAACCCCCAAGUGAACUGGAAGGACUGGAAGAUCGGCUUCAAGCUGUGCAAUCAGAACAAAUCCGACUGCUUCUACCAGACAUACUCCUCAGGGGUGGAUGCAGUGAGGGAGUGGUACCGCUUCCACUACAUCAACAUUCUGUCGCGGCUGCCAGAUACCUUUACGUCAUUGGAGGAAGACAAACUGGGCAACUUCAUCUUCAACUGCCGCUUCAACCAGGUCUCCUGCAACCAGGCGAAUUACUCUCACUUCCACCACCCAAUGUAUGGGAACUGCUACACCUUCAAUGGCGAGAACAACUCCAACCUCUGGAUGUCUUCUAUGCCGGGGAUUGACAAUGGUCUGACCCUGACACUGCGCACAGAGCAGAAUGACUUCAUCCCGCUGCUGUCCACAGUGACUGGGGCCAGAGUAACUGUGCAUGGGCAGGAUGAGCCUCCCUUCAUGGAUGACGGUGGCUUUAACUUGCGACCUGGUGUGGAGACCUCCAUCAGCAUGAGGAAGGAAGCCCUGGAUAGACUUGGGGGCAACUAUGGCGACUGUACCAAUAAUGGCAGCGACAUCCCUGUUAAGAACCUUUAUCCUUCCAAGUACACGCAGCAGGUGUGUAUUCACUCCUGCUUCCAGGAGAGCAUGGUCAAGGAGUGUGGCUGUGCCUACAUCUUCUAUCCGCGGCCCAAGCAUGUGGAGUACUGUGACUACAAGAAGCACGAUUCCUGGGGCUACUGCUACUAUAAGCUCCAGGAUGCCUUCUCCUCGGAUCGCCUAGGCUGUUUCACCAAGUGCCGGAAGCCAUGCAGUGUGACCAGCUACCAGCUCUCUGCAGGCUACUCACGAUGGCCCUCAGUGACAUCCCAGGACUGGGUCUUCCAGAUGCUAUCCCUACAGAACAACUAUACCAUCAAAAACAAGAGAAAUGGAGUUGCCAAACUCAACAUCUUCUUCAAGGAGCUGAACUACAAAACCAAUUCUGAGUCUCCGUCAGUCACAAUGGUCACUCUCCUGUCCAACCUGGGCAGCCAGUGGAGCCUGUGGUUCGGCUCCUCGGUGCUGUCUGUCGUGGAAAUGGCCGAGUUCAUCUUUGACCUCAUGGUCAUCACAUUCCUCAUGCUGCUCCGGAGGUUCCGAAGCCGAUACUGGUCUCCAGGCCGAGGGGGCAGAGGUGCCCAAGAAGUGGCCUCCACUCCAGCUUCAUCCCUCCCCUCCCGUGUCUGCCCGCAACCCUCCUCCCCCACCUCAUCCCCUCCAAGCCCUGAUACUUCCCGGGCCUUGACUGCCCCCCCGCCUGCCUAUGCCACCCUGGCUCCAUCAAGCUUGGCAGGGACCAGCUCCUCUGCCUUCACUCCAGGGGAGCCCUGAGAGGGAAAGUGUCAGCCCAGGAACCAGCCUUGGUAGGAUUAAAGAAUGUUUGGGCUUUCUCUCAGAGCUGCCCAACUGCCUUUGGUGUGGGGGAGGGAAGCAGGUUGGAUAAGGAGCUAAAGAAAUUGCCCAGAGAACAGGAAUCAAGGAAACUACCCAGAAUUAUCCUGGCUCCUGCACGGUACCCCCCGGUCCUGCCUUUAGAACAGUCUGGUUUUCUUACCCAAGUGCCGACUAGUCGCCUUUUCUUUUGGAUCAGCCAAGUCAAACUUGGAGCUUUGACAAGGAACUUUCCCGGGAAACAACUGAUGACUAGAACAAAACAAACAAGGGCACACAAGGGCAUGCUCAGGUUUCCUGCACAAAGAUGGCUGAAGCCAGCCCCAGACUGGCCUGGCCACACUGCUUUGCAGUGACACAGACGUUUGCUCCUCUUCUUGAACUUGGGUGGGGAACCCCACCCAAAAGCCCCCUUCGUUAGUUCUUGGGCAGUUCCCUUCUCUGACUCCCCAGGGCAGGGGCUGGAGCAGACCACUGUAGUAAAGGCCGUUCCCAGUAGGCCCCAGGACUCUUCCAGCCUCGUCCACACCACGCCCCCACAGAACCACACCCAGCACCUCCGCCCUAUUUCUUCCAUACCUCUAUAUUGGCUCAAACUAUUUUCUACGCCUGGAAGCGUUCCCCACCAUCUGCUGGAGAACUGUGCAUCCCUUAGAAGCCUGCUCAGGUAUCGCUACUUCUGUGAAGGCUCCUGCCCCACCGUGUCUUCCCCAGAAUUGAUCACGCCCUUCUCCCCUGGACUCCCAUAGCACACCGUAACAUCUAUUGGAGUGCCGACGUGGCAUUUUGCUGUCUUGUUCAUUUGUGUCUGCCUCCCCUACUAGACUGUGAGCUCCUUGUGGUCAGGGACUGGUGUUCAUUUAUGUAUCCUCAGGGUCUAGCCCAGUGUUCCACUUGGAGCAAGUACUCAAUAAAUAUUUGCUCCAAAAAGAAUGUCUGGAGAGGUGGAUGGGGCACCCUGAAGGGGCAGGCCGUGGAUGUGAGUUCCUGGGACUCUGCCCAAGCCCCCAGGAGGUCCCGGGGUGGAGGGCAGACUCCUAUACCUCUUGGCUUCGCUAUGGAAGUGACCAUUCUUCAGGGGUCUUAGGGGAGACAAACUGUCCUGCUAGUUCCUCUCCAUGUUACUGAGCAUCUGCUAUGUGCCCAUCACCAUGUUAGGGUGGGAGGACACAAACAUGGGUGCUCCCCUCAGGAGACCUACUAGGCAGUGUUUGGGAUAACUCGCCCCUGUCGUUUGUCUGAACUUCCUUUUCCUUCCAAACUUUAGUUCCCAUCAUCAGUAAUCCUCCACUCCAUUUGCCGAGCACCCACGACUCACCACCCAGCUGUAACAUAACAUCCUCAUUUGCUCCAGCUCCCCACUAACUGUUCGGUAGUGAUGGAGAAGGAUGAGACUCAAGCCAGAGUCUUCUGGACCCUCCAAGCUUUGUAUAUUCUCAUUCUUGUAUCAUUAUAGAGAGAGCAGCAGUUGGAAUCCUCCCAGCUCUUCAUUGAGGGAUGUUGGAGUGGGACCCCGAUUUUUGGACCCCUGGUUCCUUCCCCCAUUCUAGCAUCAGAACUGCAAUCCAGAAAUUACCUUUCCUCGUCAUCUUUGGGGUCACGUCCCUUGCUGCCCUGGUAUUACUCCCCUCAAUUACCGUCUCCCUGUCCUGAGGAACCAAGUGAACGUUGGGAAAAGAGGAAGAGAUGGUGAAGGGAGUGGAGAGAGAGAAAAGGUUGUGACCAGGAACUGAUGUGCUUUCUGACUUCCCUUUCCUAGACUCAAGUUGAUGAGGGGAAAAUGGUGGUGUUACAACAAUUCCUUUGUCAGCGCCCUCAGGUUCAGCCUGCGCUUGUGUGCUGUCUGUCACAGCCCAGCCUCAGCCCUGUCCCACCUGUCCCCCGCUCCCUCUCCUCUGGCUCAGGUGGGCAG